AUGGCCUGGUGGUUUUAUCCUUUAGCUAUUUUAGCCCCAGGUGGCACUGCCAUAGUAAAUGAAAAACAGGUAGCUGCUUUAGCUGACCACACCACACAAGCGCUCAAUGAGUCAAAACUAGCUAUAACAUUGCUUAAUGAUGAAGCUACACAACUUAGGAAAGUAGUCUUACAAAAUAGAAUGGCUCUGGAUAUUUUAACUGCUGCCCAAGGCAGUACCUGUGCUUUAAUUAACAUUCAAUGCUGGGUAUAUAGACCUGAUAACUCACGAAAUGUAACACAAGCUCUUAAUCACAUGCAAAAUCAUAUAAAAAAUAUUGAACACUUACCUGAUGAUCCUUUGUCCAAAUGGUUUAAUUCUUUAAUUUGGCCACUUAUUAAUAGGAUUACUGUCUGUAUGUACUGGUUUACUUGUACUCUGUUGUUUACUGCUGUUUUUGGAUUAUGGAUGCAACAUCUUUCCUAUGGUCAACACAAGUUGCUGUAUGGGGGUGGAUUGCGGGAACCCCAGGCCCACGGCUUCCCUAAGGGCCUCGAGGGCUGUGCACACAGCAGCCUGCAUGACCUAGGUGGAAGCACAUCUUUGCACCUGACCACGGCAUGGCAGCUCUCCCAAGAGAAGGGCAUCGCCCUGCGCAGGAGCUCCAAAAUCAUGGUGGAGUUCUUCUCUUUUGGCAUCAGUAGCAUUUUAUAUGAGCUCGGCAUAUAUCCAUUUGAAACCUUUACUCGAGUGCAGAAAUAUGGACUCACCUUCCUUGUAACUACAGAUCCUGAGCUCAUAAAAUACCUAAAUAAUAUGGAACAGCUAAAAGAUUAGUUAUACAAGUGUUCGGUUCAAAAACUGGUGGUAGUCAUCUCAAAUAUUGAAAGUGGUGAAGUCUUUGAAAGAUGGCCAUUUGUUAUUAAGUGUGACAAGACUGCAAAAGACGAGAGUGCAGAAAGAGAAAAGUCUCAGAAAGCUACCCAAGAUGAAAUUCAUUCAGUGAUCAGACACAUCACUGCUACAGUAACAUUUCUGCCACUAUUGGAAGUUUCUUGUUUGUUUGAUCUGAUUUAUACUGACAAAGAUUUGGCUGUACCUGAAAAAGGGGAAGAGUCAGGACCACAGUUUAUUACGAAUUCUGAGGAAGAUCGUCUUCAUUCAUUUACUACUACAAUUCACAAAGUAAAUAGCACGGUGGCCUACAAAAUUCCUAUCAAUGACUGA